GAGACUCUGAAGUAUUUGUUUCUGCUUUUCUCGUCAGAUACCGUUCUGCCUUUGGAUCAGUUCGUGCUGAGCACGGAAGCUCAUCCAGUUCCCAUUCUGGGGCAAGCUGGGCUGCAGUGGCCCUGCUCGCUGACUGAAGUGCCUGAAGUGCCUGGAGUACCGGCCAUGCCUGCGGCCGUGCCUGCGGCCACAGCUGGGCUUUCCGCUCAGGCCCCAGCAGCGCCUCCGGCGCCUCCAGCGCCUGUGCCUCCAACGCCUUCCGAGCCUUCGGCUUGUGGCCCGCAGCGGCUUCGGCACCUCGAGCUUCAAAUGCAGGAAGUGGAGGACCAGCUGCUGCAACUCCGGCGAGAGUAUGGCCUUUGCACCGACCCUGCUUGCUGGGUCAGCGGCUUCAGAUACGAGGACUGCUGCUUCCCAACGCCAGCUGGCAAUCCUGCCUGCUGGGAUGCAGAAUUCACCUAUGCGCGGUGCUGCAGGAGUGCGAAGGUGGUGACAUUGUGAUAUUGGUGGCCCACCUGAUGUGAUGACGGAAAGCGACUUUUUUGCUGGGGUUGUGGUC